UGCUUCUGUGCAAUAAAUUGGUUUUGAUAAUUUUCUAGCAGAAGAGAAACUUGUAUUUCAGGCAUUCAGAUUACCAAACAGGAGGAAAAGCAGCCCAAAACAUAUCUUUCCUGGUUUAUGAAAACAGGAAUUACACUGUUAGAUGAUGGAAGAAAAAAACUUUCCAGAACAUGGGGAUAAGGAUUCAACACAGCUAUACCUGUCAUUUUGAAUUAAAAAGAAAAAUUAUCAGAAGAUCACUAUGUUCCAACUUGCAAGCCUCUGCAUGUUAUGGUGUGAAAAUAAUUUGGAUCUGCUGGUGAGCCCUACAUAAACUCAAUGUCUUUUUAAUUGAAAACUCUUUUUAAAACAACAGAUUGAAGAAUAAAUAAAUCAAGAAAGAUAUUUUAGGUGAUUGGGUGGGGAUACAAAAUGAGGCAGUGAGACACCGUUCAGGGUAAUCCAGGCACAGGUGAAAGAAAACGUGGAGUGGAAGCUGGAGUAUCUGAGGAAUCAGAGAAGAAACCCAAGGACAAGAAAGCCACCAGAAAGUAAAAGAAAAUGGCAAUGAUGAAGGAGAUUCUCCGAUCCAGAAAUCUCUUGCUCGUUGUUCUCAUUCCACUUCUGCUGCUUCCUCUGCCACUCUUACAUCCCAGUAGCGAAGCUUCAUGUGCCUAUGUGCUGAUUGUGACAGCUGUAUACUGGGUUUCUGAAGCAGUACCUCUUGGUGCAGCUGCCUUAGUUCCUGCUUUCCUAUACCCACUUUUUGGAGUCAUGAAGUCCAGUGAGGUGGCUGCUGAAUAUUUCAAAAACACAACUUUGCUCCUCAUGGGCGUGAUUUGUGUGGCAGCUUCUGUAGAAAAGUGGAAUCUUCACAAGAGAAUUGCCCUGCGCAUGGUCAUGAUGGCUGGAGCAAAGCCAGGCAUGUUGCUUCUUUGCUUCAUGUGUUGCACCACAGUGCUCUCCAUGUGGCUUUCCAACACAUCCACCACAGCCAUGGUGAUGCCAAUCGUGGAGGCAGUUCUCCAGGAGCUAGUGAAUGCUGAGGAGGAGCACGAGGUCAUCAGUACUGCAGGCAGCACCAUUACUGAAGAAACCAAGCCAAUAGAUCUCAGCGAAAAGCAUGGCCAACCUUCACUGGAGCUUGUCUUCAUCAAUGAAGAUGCUACUACUACUGACUUCAACUCCUUGAUGCACUCAAAGAAUAUGAAUGGUGUGCACAUGGUAAACAACCCUAUUGGAACGAUGAAUUCUAAGAACAAUGAGCAGCACCUACCUCAGGCUCAGAUACUGGUCCUGCCUCCUAAGCCCUCAGAACUGGGCCUGACCACCAAGUACCGGUAUCAGACCAGACAUGACCACAUGAUCUGUAAAUGCCUCUCACUGAGUAUCUCAUACGCAGCAACCAUUGGAGGACUGACAACCAUCAUAGGGACCUCGACUAGUCUCAUAUUCUUAGAGCACUUCAACAACCACUACCCAAAGGCUGAAGUGGUGAAUUUUGGAACCUGGUUUUUGUUCAGUUUCCCCGUCUCCCUCAUCAUGUUGGUCCUGACUUGGUUCUGGAUGCAUUGGCUGUUCUUGGGUUGCAAUUUUAAAGAGACCUGUUCUGUGAGCAAGAAGAAGAAAACCAAGCGAGAAGAAAUGUCAGAGAGAAGAAUUCAAGAAGAAUAUAAGAAACUGGGAAAUGUUAGCUAUCCUGAGAUGGUGACUGGAUUUUUCUUCAUUCUGAUGACCUUGCUUUGGUUCACUCGUGAGCCUGGCUUUGUACCAGGAUGGUCAUCUUUUUUUGAGAAGAAAGGUUACAGAACUGAUGCCACUGUCUCUGUGUUUCUUGGUUUUCUCCUUUUCCUGAUUCCAGCAAAAAAACCUUGUUUUGGAAAACGGGAAAAAGGAGAUGGUGAAAAGUCAACAGACACUAACACACUGGAUCCUAUUAUCACCUGGAAGGACUUCCAGAAGACCAUGCCCUGGGAGAUUGUGGUGUUGGUUGGAGGAGGUUAUGCCUUAGCAGCUGGAUGCAAGACCUCUGGCCUCUCUACAUGGAUUGGAAGCCAAAUGCUUUCCCUCAGCAGCCUUCCCUACUGGGCUGUAACUCUGCUGGCCUGCAUUUUGGUGUCACUCGUAACAGAGUUUGUCAGCAAUCCAGCAACUAUAACCAUCUUUCUACCUAUUUUAUGCAGUAUGUCAGAAACCCUACUUAUCAACCCUUUGUACACCCUGAUUCCUGUCACCAUGUGUAUCUCAUUUGCGAUGAUGCUACCAGUGGGUAAUCCUCCAAAUGCCAUUGUCUUCAGUUAUGGGCACUGUCAGAUUAAGGAUAUGGUGAAAGCUGGCCUGGGUGUAAAUCUGAUUGGCCUAGCUGUGGUCAUGGUGGCAAUCAACACUUGGGGAAUUAGACUCUUCCAGCUGAAUACUUUUCCAGAAUGGGCAGUGGUCAGCAACAUCACUAACCAAACAUAAUCUCCAAAGGAAAAAAAAUAAUAAAAAAUUGCAAGACCAAAGUGAGUUGGGAAAAAAUAUUAAACCUACAAUGCACAUAUGAAGAAAAGAGAAAAUUUCUGGAUACACAGAACUAGGAUCCAUAGGAAAACCAUGAAGAAAAUCAACAGGGAGGUCUUCUGCAUAAGCUUUUCAGUUCUGAAAAUCAGUAUGAGUUAAAAGGAAAGAUUAGCUUUGCUGUUACUGCUUUCCUUAUGAUACAUAACUCUGAAAAAAAAACUCUCCUCCAAGUUGUCUGCCUAUGGCUUUUUCAUGCCUGA